AUGUCCAAGAUGCUCUCAGGGCACAUGCCCUGGUCGCACCACGAUGAAGAGCAGAAGAAACCAGACGACCAAUCGCUCAUCACGGUGCUCGAAACAGUAGAGCUACGCAGCGAGCUUACUCUCCUACUCGCCAACUGCCUCGAGUCCAUGCGCGCCACCAUCACCGACGCCUUCGACGCCCGCUACACGGGCAGCGACGCCGCAUCGGACGCCGCCGCCGCACUGCCGGACCUGAAGGGCGACGAUGCACUCCGAAACCCGAACCUGGACGCCGGCACCGUCGACGUCGAGGCGCUGGACAAGCAGCGCAAGGAGCGCGAGCGCCGCGAGAAGGAGCUGUCGGCGCCGGCCAUGCGCGAGCUCAAGACGGCGGCGCUCGGCUUCUUCGAUGACUGGCGCGACGCGGUGCUGGCGCGCGUCGGCGAGGUCGUCAACUCCAAGGAGGCGGCCAAGAGCCAGAAGAAGGACGCCGCGGCCAAGUCGGAGGCCAAGCCGAGCACGAGGCAGCGGACGCUGUCGUCGUCGUCGUCGAGCUCCGCGCCGCCGCCGGAUGAGGCGGUGGGCAGGGCGUUGAAGGAGCUGUACCCGCCCAUCGAGACGCCGUUGGUCGAGCUGGAGAAGGAGAAGAGGGCGUUGGUGCUGCAUUCGAUGCUGCUCUUGCUGUUGAGCUUGGAGCAUUAUUCGGCGCACUCGAGGAUUCUGCUGCUGUAUUUGACGAGCAGCUUGCGGCUGGAUAUUGAAAUCUUGACCGACGAUGAGAAGAAGGUGGCUAGGGGCUUGUUGGAGGCGGCGCACAAGAUGUCUGCGGAAGAAGAGACAAAAAAGAAGGCAGAGGAGAACGCUACAAGCCGGAAGUGGAAAGUUGGCCUGGCUUCCGUCGCUGGUGCCGCUGUCGUGGGUAUCACUGGUGGUUUGGCGGCCCCUCUGUUGGCGGCUGGAUUAGGUUCCGUAAUGGGUGGACUUGGUCUUGGUGCCACCGCCGCAGCUGGCUACUUGGGAGCGGUUGCUUCCAGCAGUGUCAUCGUCGGCGGCCUUUUCGGGGCCUAUGGAGGCCGUAUGACCGGCAAGAUGAUGGACCAGUACGCCAAAGAGAUCUCAGACUUCGGAUUCGUUCCCAUACAAGAAUUCCACCGCCCACGCAAACUCGACAAGGAGCACCGGCGCCUACGCGUCGCGAUCGGCAUCUCGGGCUGGCUGACCAACAAGGACGAAGUCGUCGAGCCGUGGCGCGUCAUCGCCCCGUCAAUCGAGGGCUUCGCGCUGCGCUACGAGCUCGAGGCGAUGCUGAACCUGGGUAACGCACUCAUCGGCAUGGUUAAGAGCGCAGCAUGGAGCUACGCCAAGAGCGAGAUCAUCAAGCGCACCGUCUUCGCCAGCCUGACGGCCGCCCUCUGGCCCAUCGGCCUGCUAAAGAUCAGCCGCGUCAUCGACAACCCGUUCAGCGUCGCCAAAGCCCGCAGCGACUUGGCCGGCCAGGUGCUCGCCGAUGCCCUCAUCAAUCGCGCUCAGGGCGAGCGUCCUGUCACCCUUAUCGGCUACUCGCUCGGCGCCCGUGUUAUCUACUCCUGCUUACAGUCCCUCGCUGAGCGUAAGGCUUUCGGCCUCGUUGAAAGCGUCGUCUUGCUUGGCGCGCCGACGCCGUCCACGGCCGCUGACUGGCGCCGCAUGCGCAGCGUUGUUUCCGGCCGCGUCGUCAACGUCUACUCAACUAAUGACUACAUCCUCGGUUUCCUGUAUCGUACGUCCAGCAUUCAGUACGGUGUUGCGGGCUUGCAGAAGGUCGAAGGAGUGAGGGGAGUCGAGAACGUGGACGUCAGUGAUAUCGUCUCUGGCCACACGCGGUACCGGUACUUGGCAGGCCGAAUUCUUAAGAAGAUCGGCUUUGAGGAUGUUGAUAUCGAGGAAGUCGAGAAGGAGGAGCAGGAGAUGCAGAAGGUCGAGGAAGAGGAGAAGAAGGAGGCUGAGUCACAGGAGAAGACGACUACUGGAGACAGUGGUGAAAGCAAGGAUGCGGAUAAGGAGGCUGAAGAUCUGGAGAAGGAGGUUGAAAAGAAGAGUAAGUUGGGUCUCAUGGAAUGGACGACUGAGAAGCUCCGGCUGGGCGGCGGGAGCGGUGCAGGCAAGGGAAAUGAGAAGGUUGAAACACAGACGGCGAUUUGA